ACCUUCCAGAACUCUCGAAAGAAGCCAGGCAGAGGACCCAGCACCACGCGGCGUCUACGUCUGCUCUGGCCCAAGCAGCACCCCCAAUCCGUGUGUGCACCCCACAAAUUGACUCCCUAUCCACCCCAGGACCAGGAUGGAGGAGGACUUCUCCUCCCAGAUGAAGAAGAUGGCCUUGGCCUUGGGCACGUCCCUAUCAGACAAGGACAUUGAGCUGCUGCCCACGGACAUAAGACACCACGGGUCCUUCAACUACCUCAAGUUCUUCGAGCACAUGCGCAAGUUCCACGCCUCGGGCCAGCUGGACGACGCCAUCCGCAAGGCCUUCCAGGCCCUGGACAAGGACAAGAGCGGCUUCAUUGAGUGGAACGAGAUCAAGUACAUCCUGUCCAUCAUCCCCAGCAGCGGGCCCACCGCCCCGCUGACAGACGAGGAGGCCGAGGCCAUGAUCCAGGCGGCGGACACAGACGGGGACGGGAGGAUCGACUACGAAGAAUUUUCUGAAUUGAUCAAAAAGGAGAAAAUUCCAAAGAAGAAGUAGCACCAUGACCAGCCCUGGCCAGCUGAGGGGCUCCCAUAGGGUAACCGCGGUGACCACGCACCUGGGCAGAAGCUGUUGGGGCCGGUAAGAGGCGGCAGCUGUGAGGGUGGACCCAGCUUUUGCCGGAAAAUGGAAGAAAAGCAGCAUUAAGUGAAUGACGCAGCCUGGUGUGUCUGUUGGGGGUGCUGGUGUGAACUGGGGUGGGCGCAGGAUCAGGGCCAUG